UAGAACUAUUCUUUUGGAAAGUUAGAUUUUCUUAUUAUAAUUCAAAGAUGUAUUCAAUCAAGAAAUGGAAAUACCAAGAAAUACCGAAUGGUAUCCACCAGAUUCCAUGGAGAUUUGCCUACCUUUCUUUAUUUUUCGAUCGUGGGAUGGUGUUUUUAUCUGCCAUGCCAAAAGUAUUACGUUAGGAAAAUGUUCGGUCACGCAACAGUUAAGUGGGUCUUGCUUUCGAGUGGGCCCAACAAUUUUUAGUUAAAAUUUUUGCUUGCCUCUACGAGCAUGGGCUCAAGCGUUUUCCGCGACAUACUUUUUGGUACGAACAGUCGCAAUUAUUCACUGUUUGAAGGAUAAGAAAAAAACAAAUUAUAAAUAGAGGAAGGAUACUUAGAAACUGCCAACCGCCGAAAACAUGAGGACAGAGGAGAAAGAACAAUGGAGAUCAGAAUCAGUGCACAAGAUGCUAAUGGUUUUACUUCCCUAUCUACAUUCCUUGUUCGAGUUACUCUCAAUGUCCCUUGUUUCUCCGGCGUUAAGAAACGCCAUCAGAGACCAAACCGUUCUAUGGACAAAGGUGGUUGUUGAUCCACCCUUGAGUUCUCGUCUAACAGACGAUAUUCUAUGGGACUUCACUUCGAGAUCCGCGGGGAAGUUAAACACUUUGAUUCUCCGUAAAUGUAGUAGAGUCACCAGCAAAGGGCUUUGGCGUGUGGUUGACGCAAACCCUUUGAUUAAAAAGUUAAUUGUGACGGGAUGCACUGAGUUAGUUCCAGAAGGAAUCAUUGCAUGUGUUGAAACCUUGACGAAGAACAAUCAAAAGUUGGAGGCACUUCAUAUCAAUGGCGUCCCUGGCUUUACUAAAGACCAUCUCUCAGCACUUUCGACUUACCUUCCUCAAGAGGGAGCAAUCGACCUCGAGGUGUGUCCAAAAUGCGACCAAGUCAGGAUGAUUCCGCCUUGCUCAAGAGAAUCAUGUAAACGUGAGGGAAGGAACGAACGGGAGUGCAGGGGAUGCUGGUACUGCGUCCCUAGAUGCAUGGAGUGUGCUGUGUGUCUCGGACCAGACACUGACGUUGAAGAAGUAGGGUGUGGGGGAGACGUUUUGUGUCUUGAUUGUUGCCAAACGCUUCCAAAGUGCAGGUUCUGCAACAAACCCUACUGCACAGGUCACAGCAGCCUGCGACAAGAUAAGACAACGACGGACACGGCUAUGUUUGCAUGCCAAUCUUGUGACUACAGGACAGGAGCAAACGCAAGCGAUCCUAUCGUUUUAGACUAAAGCCAAACUUGUUACCAAAGCCAAUAAGAAGAUUUGGACUUUCAUAUCUAAAAACAUUUGUUGUUCCCGUACCUUUGUUUAUGUUCUUUAUGAAAACCUUGGAUUAUGUAAAAUCCAAAAAUAUCCAUUGUGUAAUAAAAAAAAUUUAAGCAAGUUUUCAAUAUAGUAAACAAUUACAGACCA